CCUACUUAUCCCCUCCCUCUGUGUCUCAGUUCUGCAGUAAACCAGGGCUGAGGCACAUUCCUGCACUGCAAGGCUUUCGUUAAGGAGAUUUUGUGGCUUUUGUGUGGAUUGCAGCAUGCAGAAUACAGCUGUUUAGAGGAGACUCAUUACAACUCCUGCUGAAGCUCCUAAUCUUCCUCCCUUCUCUUCUGCCCCUACCCCCUACCCUCAGUGGCCUGAAGACAUUGUACCCAGAGUUUGCCUUACUCCCCUGGUGCUAUGUGUGUGGUAAACCUGGUACUAUGGCCACAUCUGGGACUGGCCAGACAACUGCUGCUGGUUCUCCCUAUUCCAAGAAGGAUUUAAAGGGGAAGUACACUGCAGGCAAUGCACCAGAGCAGCAUCAGGAGCUUGGGGACUAAGGCUCCUCUGGCAGCAUUAUUACAGAUACACAGAGCUGACCGCAAUGACAGCAGCUGCUCCUUUGAACUGUUGGCAGCAGCCAAGCGGCAGCAUGAAGUGAGAGAUCACUCCUGAGCUCAAGAUGAACUCUACCUUGGAUGGUAAUCAGAGCAGCCACCCUUUUUGCCUCUUGACGUUUGGCUAUUUGGAAACUGUCGAUUUUUGCCUUUUGGAAGUAUUGAUUAUUGUCUUUCUUACUGUAUUGAUUAUUUCUGGCAACAUUAUUGUGAUUUUUGUAUUUCACUGUGCACCUUUGUUGAACCACCAUACUACAAGUUACUUUAUUCAGACUAUGGCAUAUGCUGACCUCUUGGUUGGAGUCAGCUGCCUAGUCCCUUCUUUAUCACUCCUCCACUACCCUCUUCCAGUUAAGGAGUCUUUGACUUGCCAGGUAUUCGGUUUUGUAGUAUCAGUUCUGAAGAGUGUCUCCAUGGCCUCUCUGGCCUGUAUCAGCAUUGAUAGAUAUAUUGCCAUCACCAAACCUUUAACCUAUAAUACCCUGGUUACACCUUGGAGACUCCGCCUGUGUAUUUUCCUGAUUUGGCUAUAUUCCACCCUGGUCUUCCUGCCUUCCUUUUUCCACUGGGGCAAACCUGGAUAUCAUGGAGAUGUGUUUCAAUGGUGUGCAGAGUCCUGGCACACUGACCCCUACUUCACCCUGUUCAUCGUAGUGAUGUUGUAUGCCCCAGCAGCCCUCAUUGUGUGCUUCACCUAUUUCAACAUCUUCCGCAUUUGCCAACAGCACACAAAGGAGAUCAGCGAAAGGCAAGCCCGCUUCAGCAGCCAGAGUGGGGAGACUGGGGAGACUGGGGAGGUGCAGUCCUGUCCCGAUAAGCGCUAUGCCAUGGUCCUAUUCCGAAUUACUAGUGUAUUUUACAUCCUCUGGUUGCCAUACAUCAUCUACUUCUUGUUGGAGAGCUCCACUGGCCACAGCAACCGCUUUGUAUCCUUCUUGACCACCUGGCUUGCUAUUAGUAACAGUUUCUGCAACUGUGUCAUUUAUAGUCUCUCCAACAGUGUCUUCCAAAGGGGACUAAAGCGCCUCUCAGGGGCCAUGUGUACUUCUUGUGCAAGUCAGACCAUAGCUAAAGACCCUUAUACAGUUAGGGGUAAAGACCCCAUUAAUGGAUGCCAUAUCUGAAGUGGCUCAGACACUGGGUCAGUGUCUGUGUGUGUGUGUGUGUGUGUGUGUGUGUGUGUGUGUGUGUAUUUAUCUCUGUAUUCCUAGCUCACUAGGAAAUCUGGGACAAAAUAAUUGAACUCUAAGCAAUAGCAAACAAAUGAUCCAUCAAAAUUACCUUGUAAGUUUGCAGAAAUUAUUUUCUGAAAAGUGCUUUUGCAUCAGGAGAAUCAGAACCAUGAAGAUAAAUUGCUCUUGGUUCCAAUUUUUGUAAUGUCAUGGAAAUGACUACAUUUUUAAGAUUUAAAAUGAAUAAAGCCAUAUAUAACACCUCCCUUGAGCUGGCAUGACUGAACCUGGGUGAGAAAAGCAUCAGCAUUUAUAAAAAGUCAUUUUCUUGUUGCUUUUCUGGAUUCUUUCCAACUGUUGUUUGGGCUGCAUAUGCAAUUGAAUUCUUUUAAUGGGGAAUAUUAAAAGCCAGUGAUGAAUUGGCAGGAUUUAAAAUUUUUCUUUAUAUAUGCCAAAGUAGAACUACACUGCAAGUUUCAGCACUGUCAUUUAGAAAGUCAAAGGAUUUAUGUCUUAUUCUCUUGAGAGAAUUCUCAAUGCAGUGAAUAAUGAACACCGAAACACUAAUUUUAAAAUUUUGCAGUGCACCAUGAAUGAAAUGAAAAUUCAGUUAAAUCAUACAACUUAUGAAAAAUUGAGCAGCUUUCUGUGCCAUACUUCAUGGAGAGCUAAAGAAAUGUGUUGCAUAGAAUGUGAUUGUGUUGUAGUAUUUUUUGCCCAUGCCUUUGUGUAUGUGUGUAUUGAAAAUAUUUGAAUUUAGAUUUCUCUUUAUAGCAAAAUAAGCUGAAACGCAAAUGAUAGGUUAAUGGCUGCCAUUUUUAUAAUAGUGAAUCUUUAGUCUUCCCUUUUUUUUUUUUUUUUAAUCCAGAGACUUGUAAAAUAUCAGAAUAUCUGGGAGAAAGGUGUCCUAAGCAACAGAGUCAGAAAAUAUACUGAAUAUUUAGCUAGUUCAUUUAUAAAAUAGAAGGGGAUUGAGAUGUUCUCCUUGUGGUUAAAUGGAAUCAACAAAGUAGCAUCUAAUUCUUUUUUAAGUUUUUUUUUUUUGUUUUUUUUUUUUUGUUAAUCUUACAGAAUGCCCAUGUGAAUGAGAGAUAGAGAAAUUCUGAUUAAGUCUCCUUUAUUGCUGUCCUCUUUCUGGAAAAAAAAAUCCUUUGGUAUAAUGAUUCUUUACUCAGUCUUUCCUUCCUUUUUGCUAGUACUUUGGCUUUAAAAAAAAAUCUAUAGGGUUCUAUUACUGUUACUCUGUAGAAUUAUCGAGAGUGCUGUGUAUUUGUAUGUACUGGUGAUGUUUUGUUCUUCAAGUGAUUAUCUUUAGAACAAGAAGUUUAUUUUUCUAAAAGGAGAGAAGGAUUUCCCAGCAGCUCCAGGCAUGAGAAUAUCUCUGCUUUUCUACUGGUUUUAAUGUUUUGGAAGUCUUCAGGGGACUUAUGUGAUCUCUGCCUUUAGCUAGAUGUUAUAAUCUGAAUACAACAAUGGUAUUCAGUGAGAUGGAAGAAACCCAAGGGAAAUGGGUUAAAGUGGAAUUUUGAAUCCAAGAAAGGAUAUGGAUAUUUAUAAAACAGGCAGAUGGGCUUUGGUUUUUUUGUCAUGAUAUUAGAAAACCAAUCUAGUGCCCCCUUUUAAAAUAAAGGGCUGCAUUCUUUGGAUUUUACUCUUUAGGUAUCAGUUUGACUUUUAACCUCAAAUGUGUGUUCAACUUAGACUUUUUAAUUUUGAGUGAAUAAGUAUUAUAUUUAAAUUUCAGAUUCUGAAUUCUUCCCAAAAGCUUGCUUGCUCUUUAUAUUUACUAUUAGAAAACUUGAUUACAAGCUGUUUCAAUAUUACUGUUUCAAUAUUUAGAACUCAUACUGAGGGAUCCCUGGGUGGCGCAGCGGUUUGGCGCCUGCCUUUGGCCCAGGGCGCGAUCCUGGAGACCCGGGAUCGAAUCCCACAUCGGGCUCCCGGUGCAUGGAGCCUGCUUCUCCCUCUGCCUGUGUCUCUGCCUCUCUCUCUUUCUCUCUGUGUGACUAUCAUAAAUAAAUAAAAAUUAAAAAAAAAAAAAUUUUAGAACUCAUACUGAAAUUGCAAGUUAUAUUAACAAUAGCUUAAAACUUGCCAUUUGAAUUGGAAAACCUUUCCUCUUGGAUUCUGAAAAAUGGUUUUGUGCAUUUCUCCUUUAUUUACAUGGCACAAGUCUAAAAAAACAAAAUUCCCUUUUUCUUCAUACAUGUUGGAGAAUACAACCUUUCAGAUAUGCAGUUUGCUUGUAAGGUUUUAGUUUAGUAAAGAUGGGAAUCUUAAAGAUUAAUUUUUAUAGAAAAGUGAUGUUAAAUCAGUGGAUUUUUACUUUUGGAGGUGCUAAGCCCUUUUAAUUUUUUCCUGCAAUGGAGUUGUAUCUUGUGAGAAAAGAGAAAACUCUUUGGGAAGAUUUUAUGGAAAAGAGAAAAUACUUGUUUGACUUUCUGAAAGUGGCUGAUUAAGCUGAUGUUUUAAUAACUCAAAAGACAAUUCUUUUAUAAUAAGAGCUUUUUGUUAACAGAUAUUUACAUUUUUUGUUCUAGUACCAAGUUUAGAUGUCAUUAGAAAUGUAUUUUUCACAUUAGAAUCUCUGUCAGUAUCUCAGCCUAAAACUAAAGUAGAAACUACGUAGAUAAAGUAAUUUUAAAGAAAAAUUCCCCCACUCCUGCAGCUGAUUCUUGCUUAAUAUCAGAUGUCUUUCCAGUUUAUCUUGUCUUCAUUGGACUGUAUAAAGACUGCAUUUUCUUCAGUUAUCAGUUCUUUCCUCACAUUCAUUAUCUUUACUGUUUUUUUUUUAUUUUUAUUUUCUUGUGUGUUUGCAUGUUGGGGGAAGAGAGCAUGAGCCUGGAUGUAAUCAUUCAAUCUUUGGUGCCUAGGGGCAUUUUCCUGUGAUACAUUUGAAUAGUCUGUGUUUAAGUAAUCUUUUCAUCCUGGCAUAUUUAGUGCAACAUUUGAUGAUGACGUUUGGUUUAAAUACCAAUCUGGCUAGUUCAGAAUGAAAAAAAAAAAGUAUAUUUUUAGAUUCAAUUACGUUGAGCUUUGGCAAGACAGUGCAUUUAACUAUAUAUGGUAUAUGACUGUAUCAGAGGAAGCAUAAGCUUUUGGUGAUUGUAUUGAAAUUAUUUCAUAGUAAAUGUUCAAAUAAGACAAUACUAAUUGUUAUAUUUGUAAAUUAGUUGUGUGUUUUUACACAAUGAUUUCAGAGAUGUGUUUUUUUCCUCUCAGAACAGAAAAGCAGUUACAAAAGGACAAGUGGUCUACUUUAAUGAAAGAACUAUCUUACACCAGAAAAGAUAUUUAAAUUAUUCAUGGACUUGUUGACUCCCAGAUUCCAUUUUGGAAAAUGUUUUCUUUAAGCUCUUUGCUGGAAAAAUUUCUUUUUGAGCCUUUUUUAAGGGCUUUUCCUUUUUACUUGAAUAAUGGUCUCCGUAUUUUGGGAUUGGGAAAACUUGAAUUUUUGAACUAUAAAUGCAUUGUCUACUCUUUGAACUUGAAAAUGAAGCAACAGGGUUACAAGUUUCUUCAGCCUUUUGGGUUUGAUUGAAAAAUCUGUACAGUGACUUCAUAGGAAAUAUCUUAAUUUCACUAUUUUUUUGUAUCAUAGAAGACUUGUGAAAUAAAUUAUUGGCAAACCAGAAUUUAUUGUUAGGUGAGCAGAUUAUGAGAAGAUUAAGGAUGGGAGAAUCGUGGCAUUUAUGAUUUUUUAAAAGUCUUAACAAAUCGUUUUUCUGUAUUUUUGUAUAAUUUUUCCAUUUCAAGUUGAAGGAAACCUAAUUAUUUUAUAUUAAAUGUACAUAUUGCUAACAUAUUUUACAGACCCUGGCAUUAUUCUAGACAUUUCUUAUAACUGUGAAUGAGUCAUCUGGGCUUUUCUUCAAAAUUUAGAUGCUGAGGGUACCAUGAUAUGAUUAAAAUGAACUUUGGAACUAAGAUUUUAAAAAUCUAGGUUUCUGUUAAAAGUUAACUAGUUUUGUAAGGGCAAGUCACUUCUCUAAGCACUUAAUUUCUUCUAUAAAAGGAGAUAACCCUCUCUUCCCUCAUAGGGUUACUUUGACAAUUGAAUUAGAUAUGGAUGUAAAAGUAUUUUGUAAUUUGUGAAGUAAGUGCUUUGCAAUAAAAACAAGUACUAUUGUUUGUAUCUACCAUGGUUUUACAUCUAAGGAAGUCCCACAUAAUGAUAUGGUG